GCAGCCGGCGCGCCCCCUCCCGGCCGCCAUGUUGUCUGGUGUGUGGGUGUCAAACGGAGCUGGACGCGGCGGCGCCUCCGCGGGCUCCCGUCGCUCCCGCCUCCCCAGCGCUACUGGCGGCCGCGGCCGCGCAGCCGGGUCGGCCCGGAGGAGCGCAGGUCGUGGCUUCCGGCUUCUCGGACCUGAGGCUCCCACAGAGGACAUGAGCAUCCGGGACCCCGUUCCAGCCCUGCUGCAGAGGCCGAACCGUCGCGGGGCGCGGACCCGCCUGGGGCAGGGAAGCGUCUCUCUUUGAAGGGCUUUAAGUGUGUCGCAGAGAAAGGAAAGAUGACGACCUCGUCUAUCAGGCGGCAGAUGAAGAACCUCGUGAACAAUUACUCGGAAGCUGAAAUAAAAGUCCGGGAAGCCACCUCCAACGACCCGUGGGGCCCGUCCAGCUCCCUGAUGACGGAGAUCGCGGACCUGACCUACAACGUGGUGGCCUUCUCGGAGAUCAUGAGCAUGGUGUGGAAGCGGCUCAACGACCACGGCAAGAACUGGCGGCACGUGUACAAGGCGCUGACGCUGCUCGACUACCUCAUCAAGACGGGCUCGGAGCGCGUGGCCCAGCAGUGCCGCGAGAACAUCUUCGCCAUCCAGACGCUGAAGGACUUCCAGUAUGUCGACCGCGACGGCAAGGACCAGGGCGUCAACGUGCGCGAGAAGGCCAAGCAGCUGGUGGCCCUGCUGAAGGACGAGGAGCGGCUGAAGGCCGAGCGGGCCCAGGCCCUCAAGACCAAGGAGCGCAUGGCCCAGGUGGCCACCGGCGUGGGCAGCAACCAGGUCACCUUCGGCCGGGGCUCCAGCCAGCCCAACCUGUCCACCAGCUACUCGGAGCAGGAGUACGGCAAGGCUGGGGGCUCGCCGGCCUCCUACCACGGCUCCACCUCCCCACGGGUGUCCUCGGAGCUGGAGCAGGCGCGGCCGCAGACGAGCGGGGAAGAGGAGCUACAGCUGCAGCUGGCGCUGGCCAUGAGCAGAGAGGUGGCUGAGCAGGAAGAGCGCCUCAGGCGGGGCGAUGACCUCAGGUUACAGAUGGCCCUGGAGGAAAGCCGCAGGGACACUGUGAACGUUCCAAAAAAGAAAGAGCAGCACGGCUCCCACCCGCAGCAGACCACGCUGUUGGAUCUCAUGGACGCCCUGCCUGGCGCGGGCCCUGCUGCCCAGAAGGCGGAGCCCUGGGGCCCAUCCGCCGCCGCAGCCAACCAGACCAACCCCUGGGGCGCGCCGGCAGCCCCGGCCGGCACCUCGGACCCCUGGCCGUCGUUCGGUGCCAAGCCAGCCGCCUCUGUGGACCCGUGGGGGGUGCCCACGGGAGCCAGCACACACUCCGUCCCCAGGGGUUCGGACCCCUGGGCCGCCCCGCCGCAGCCGGCCCCCAGUGCCGGGAACGCCGCCGACCCCUGGGCCGCCGCCUCGGCCGCCAGGCCCGCGUCUGCCUCUGGGGCCUUUGAUCUCUUCAGUAAUUUGAAUGGUACAAUUAAAGAUGACUUCUCUGAAUUUGACAACCUCCGAACUUCAAAAAAAGCAGCCAAGGCGGCCUCUCCGCCGGCCCAGAACAAUGGAACUACCAGCCCCGACCCCUUUGAGUCCCAGCCCCUGACCGUGGCCUCAAGCAAGUCCAGCAGCACCCGGAAAACCCCCGAGUCCUUCCUGGGCCCCAACGCGGCCCUGGUGAACCUGGACUCGCUGGUGACCCGGCCAGCCCCACCGGCACAGUCCCUCAACCCCUUCCUGGCGCCAGGUGCCGCCGCGGCCGCGGCCCCGGUCAACCCCUUCCAGGUGAACCAGCCGCAGCCGCUGACGCUGAACCAGCUGCGGGGGAGCCCGGUGCUGGGGAGCAGCGCGUCCUUCGGGCCCGGCCCCGGCGUGGAGCCCGUGGCCGUGACCUCCGCGGCCUCCCACCCAGCUCUGGGCGUCGGCGGCUCCUCCCUGCCGCCGCUGGGCCCCGCCGCGAUGAACGUGGUGGGCAGCCUGGGCGUCCCCCCGUCGGCGGCCCAGGCCACCGGCACAACCAACCCGUUCCUCCUCUAGGGCCCGGCCCGGGACCCGCCGCAGAGCCUCGGUGCCAGGACGCCGGGCAGGGACUCUCGCCUGUGGGAUGGGGUCCGAGAUUUGGGGUGGGUGUUAGGGCUUCCCGUCCAGCUUCCCGAUCGAAGGGUGUCCCCGCCUGAGGGAGGAGCCGUGGAGGGCUCCGUGAGGUGUCGCACGGCACACGGGUCCCGAGCCUGUGCCGUGCGGGAGGGCCCCGAUCCAGCCUGGCCGCCCCCGCCGCCUCCUGCCCGCGUGGUCCCCGUCCCCGCGGGGAUCCAGGCGGUCGGGGGGGGGCCUUGGACGAGGA